AUGUUCUCCUCCAAGAGCGCGUCCGCGUCCGCGCCCGCGCCCGCCGCACCCCCCGCCGGGCGCGCGCUCCACCUCCUCUCCUACGACGACGCCGCGAAGAAGUUCACGCUCGGCGAGGACGCGCUGGCGUGCCUCCGCGGCGUGCGCGGCCCCGUCGGCGUCCUCGCCGUGUGCGGCCGCGCGCGUCAGGGAAAGUCCUUCAUCCUCAACCAGCUCGCGUCCGUCGCGCGCGGGCGCGACGGCUUCGCGGUCGGCCCGACCGUGCGCCCGUGCACGAAAGGGUUGUGGAUAUGGUCCGAGCCCGUGCCGUGCGUCACCGCGGAAGGGGAGCGCUAUUCCCUCGUGCUGCUCGACACCGAGGGCGUCGACGCGUACGACCAGACGGGGCAGUACUCGACGCAGAUCUUCUCGCUCGCGGUGCUGCUGUCGUCGCUCUUCUGCUACAACCAGAUGGGCGGGAUCGACGAGGCCGCGCUGGACCGACUCUCGCUCGUGACGGAGAUGACCGAUCACAUCCGCGUCAGGGCGGCGAUGGAGGGCGGCGAGAAGAGCGGGCCUGGCGCGAGGAGAAGCGCGGCUGAUGCUUCGGACCUCGCGCGAUUCUCGCCGUCGUUCGUCUGGCUGCUUCGCGACUUUUAUCUCGACCUCGCCGACGGCACCGCCGCGGAUUACCUCGAGUCCGCGCUCAGGCACGUCCCCGGCGACGGCCCUGGCGUCGCCGCGAAGAACGCCAUCAGAGACUCCAUCCGAGGCUUAUUCCCCGAGCGCGAGUGCUUCCCGCUCGUGCGACCGGUGAACGACGAGGCGCAGCUGCGCGACCUCUCCUCGGUGCCGCGCGCCGACCUCCGCCCGGAGUUCCGACGCGGGCUCGACGACCUCGUGUCGUUGCUCUUCUCGCGGUGCCGUCCGAAGACGGUCGGGCGCGACGUCCUCAACGGCCCCGCGCUCGCGGGGAUGGCGAAGCAGUACGUCGACGCGAUCAACGACGGCGCCGUGCCCGCCAUCGCCACCGCGUGGCAGAGCGUCGCCGAGGCGGAAUGCCGCGCCGCCGCGGAG